AUGAGUGAUAUUCGGGAGGUCGAGAUUAGGGAAGAUGUCGAGGUCAGCAAAGAUGUCGAGGUCAGCAAAGAUGUCGAGGUCAGCAAAGAUAUCGAGGUCAAGAACGAGGGCGGAGAGGAUUUGGUCGAGGCGAUCGAGGACACGGGGGAUUUGGCGUCUCAGGCGGCGGUUAUUUCGGCAGGGGUCGAGGUCGAGGAGUCUGGACUGGCUUCUCUGACCAUGAGCAGGACGAGAUACUAUCCGCUCGCCCCCAAUACCAUGCAUAUCUCCGGCGAAGGAACAGACGACCCCAUUGUUCCGUCUCCCUCUGGUGGUCAGAUCGACCUUGCUAUGCAGGUCCUCCAACAGGGCGACCUCGAUGACCUUCAGUCUCCCUUCCAGAUUCGCAUGUUCCUGCAGUCAUGUCUCCUCAACAUGUCGAACCACCACUCUGUCGAUACUUCUGCGGUUCUCUACAGCCCGGCAUCUCAGAAGGGUCUUUCCAAGCUACACCACAUUAUGCUACAUCCCGAACCUGUUCAAGACGGUGGAGAUGUUACCUCGUCCAUCGCGACCUUUCAGACCAUUACCCUGCCAUUGAUCGGCGUCCUGACCCGCCAGAGCUUGUGCCAGACGACCUUGACGCUCGAGUCCAAUCGCGUGUUUGGUUUGGCCCACGAGCUAUGCCAUCCAUUCUUGAAGCUGCGCGUCCAGCCCUUCAUGAACUCUCUCUUGGACUGA